AUGUUAAAAUUUAAAAGCAUUCAUCACUUACUGGUGAUAUUGAUACUUAUAUGGGUUAUUACGUUUUACCUACAAGAACGUUACUUGACUUAUUCCAAAAUACUGCACUGCCACUGGCCCAAACUUAAAGACCCUGAUCAGACCAAUAUUUUAUUGAUUGCUGAUCCACAACUAAUAGACAAUCAUACUUAUCCUGGUAGAAAUGAUUUGUUAUUGAAAUUAUCUCAGCAUACAGUAGAUACAUAUAUAAAGAAGAAUUACGAUGCUUUACUUGACACUUUGACACCCAAUUAUAUCAUGUUUCUUGGUGAUUUAUUAGACAAUGGGAGAGAUUCAAGUGAUUCAUAUUUCAAUGGAGAAUUUGGGAGAUUUAAUAGAAUUUUCAAACCAAAUGAUAGAAUGUAUUUAAAUGUUCCUGGAAAUCACGAUAUUGGAUUUGGUAAUGGAGUUAAUAUUCCAUAUAGAGAAAGAUUUGAAAGUUCUUUUGGGGCUAGUAAUACUAUAGUUGAUAUCAAAGGAGUAGAAUUUGUUUCAUUGGAUACUCCUAGUAUAGCAUCCACAGAAGAAAAAAUCAAUAAACCUGCCCGUGACUUUUUGGCAUCAAUGAGUGCAAAAUCAAAACCAAGAGUAUUGUUAACUCAUAUUCCAUUGUAUCGAGACCCUAAUUUAUCGUGUGGUCCAUUACGAGAAACUUCUUAUUUUGACGUUAAUGGGUAUGGCUACCAAUAUAAGAAUUCCGUGGAAGAAUCGUUGUCGAAUGAAAUUCUUAACAAGAUACAACCAGAUAUUACAUUUACAGGAGAUGAUCAUGAUUAUUGUGAUAUUCAGCAUGAAGGAGGAUACAGAGAGAUCACUGUCAAAUCAAUGAGUAUGGCCAUGGGAAAGAAAUACCCUGCUGUGCAACUAUUAAGUUUUACAAAUAACCAAGAGUUCCAAUAUGAGACAGACAUUUGUUUUUACAGACUCCAUAUAUCAAUGUUGCUAACUAUAUUAUUCUUGCAGUGGUAUCCAGUAUACUUAUAUUUUGGUGGAAUUUGA